AUGCCCGCGGCCCCGCCGCAGAGGGAGCGCGGCCACUGCGCCCGCCCGCCCGUGCCGCCCGUGCCGCUGGUGUACGUGAACAGCUUCGGCUCGCACCGCUGCGGCACCGUGAUCCGCCUGGGCCGGGGCUGCAGGCAGAGCCCCCCGGGCCAGGGCACCGUGAUCCGCCGGGACUGCCGGCAGAGCCCCCCGGGCCGGGGCACCGUGAUCCGCCUGGGCCGGGGCUGCAGGCAGAGCCCCCCGGGCCAGGGCACCGUGAUCCGCCUGGGCCGGGGCUGCAGGCAGAGCCCCCCGGGCCUGGCCGGGCCCAGCGCCGGGCCGGGCAGCAGCGGGAGGCGAGCGGGGAGCGGCGGCGAGCGCAGAGCCGGCAGCCGCAGCAGCAGCGGUGACCCUCAAGAGGCUAAGGCUGACACCUUUGACUUUCCCAUCCCUUCAAGAAAUGCUGAUAAAGUCAUUAAACGAAAGAAGAAAAAGUCCAAAGUCUGGCACAAGGUCUGGAAAGUGAUUUCAAAAAUGCUUGAGGAAAACGAAAGGUUCCGAAGUCGACUGUUGACCUGCAGCCAGUUUAAUGGAGAAGGCUCUGACAGGAUCCAGAGGUCACAGAAUGGGGCAUACCUGGACAGGGAUGAGUCCAUCUUUGGCUGGGUGUAGCAAGAAAAUAAAGGAAGAUUCAGCCCCAAAGGAAAUAUAAACAAAGUGAAAGCUUUUAUUUUGGUCUAGUUCUUCCUGGAGUCAGUGCAAGACUGCAAAGUGACUUCAGGGAACACAGGUUCUCUGUUGUUUGCUUGGUGUUUGUGCUUCUGCUGGUUAAGAGGUUUGUUUUUACAGUGGUUUAAACAGCUCUGUUGCAAGAUAUUUAUCUCAAGCCAUUAAGUCUGGUGUUUCACUGAGCUAUUAGUUUUAGAAAGCUUUUUAAUGAGCAUAAUAUUGUGACAGUUUGCUUGCAAAGGAAAAGAUACACAUUUACUGUUGUCUCUGUAUUUAUAUAUUUUAUUUUUGUAGCUUGUCAGAAUAAUAAACACAAAUUCAGUAAGGCAGAAUUCCACACAAGACAUAAACCCCACUUUCCUUUUUUCCCAGUUUGCAUAAAUUUGACUUUAUGAUAUUAAAAUAUUACACAAUAUCCCUCUCUGUUCUUUCAUCCAUUUAUACAUGAAUCUCAGUGAAUAUUUGGAGUAUGAAAUCAGGUGAAUGUUUUCUCACUGCUGUUCAUCCUGAGGCACAUAAUGGUACCAUCACAAUCAGGAGGUGCUGUUUAUCUACCUGACUUCAAUAACAUAAUAUCAUUUUCUUCUAUUCUGCAGCUUAAUACUUGAACCCUUGAUUGACUGUUAAAGCCUUUUAAGCCAGCAAAUUGUGUGAAUGGAACAUGAAAACUGCAUAAAAAUAGUUAUGUAUAUGGGGUUCAUCUUGGGAGUAAAACAUUCACCUGUCACAAUGAGACAGCCUGGCUUUCAAUAAAAGGAUUGUUUUCUCCUGCC